AUGUAUAAAGAAGAAGCAAUUCCAUUAAUCACAUAUGAUGCUUAAAAUAGAAGUAAGUAAAUAUUCAAUAGAUAGCUUACAAUUUGGCAGAAGAGGCGGCAAAAAUGAUUAGAUCUAUAAAUAAUCCAAUAGCAAUAAUAUCAGUAGCAGGUUUGUAUAGAACAGGAAAAUCUUAUUUGUUGAAUAGAAUAGUACUUAAUCGUAGUAAUGGUUUUGGAGUAGGACCAACUGUAAAUCCAUGUACAAAAGGUAUGUGGGUUUGGGGUACACCAAUAACAGUAGGAAAGACUUCAAUUUUGAUAGUAGAUUCAGAAGGAACAGGUGCAUUAAAUGAUUCAGAUGUUAAUCAUGACACAAGAAUAUUUGCUCUUGCUGUUUUAUUAGCUUCAUCAUUUGUUUAUAAUUCUGUUGGAGCUAUUGAUGAAGGAGCAUUAGAAUCAUUAAGUUUUGUUGUUAAUUUAACUAAAUUUAUUUAAUUAAGAUCUAAUGAAGAACCAGAUUCUGAAGAAUAUGGAGAAUUUAUGCCCUAAUUUUUUUGGGUUUUGAGAGAUUUCUCAUUAUAAUUAUUAGAUAAUAAUGGAGAUACAUUGACUAGUCAUUAAUAUUUAGAGAGAUCUUUAUAAGAAUAACCAGGAUUUUGUGAUAGAGUUGAAGAAAAAAAUAGAAUCAGAAGAUUAUUAAGAACAUUCUUUCCAGAAAGAGAAUGUUUUACAUUAGUUAGACCAGUCAAUAAUGAGAGUUAAUUAUAAUCAUUAUAAUAUUUGGAUCUUAAAUAAUUAAGACCUGAAUUUUAUGAUUAAGCUAUAUCAUUGAGAAAAAUGUUAUUCUCUAAAGUUAAACCUAAAUAAUUUAGAGGUAAAACACUUACUGGUGGAAUGUAUAUUAAUUUAAUUAAGUAUAAUACAUUAUUUAAUUUAGUUCUUAUUUAUAAGCUAUGAAUAGUGGAUGUGUUGCAACUAUUGAAAAUUCAUGGACUUAUGUAUUUAGAGAAGAAUGUAGAAAAUUAUAAGCAGAAGCUUUUGAGAUUUAUGAAAAAUAAAUCAAAGAAAAUUUAUUAUCUAAAUUACCAACUACUCUUGAAGAUAUUAAAGCACUUAAUAAAAUAUGUAAGAAUAAAGCUAUAGCACAUAUGGGAACUAAUGCUGAAAUUACACCUUAUGUUCAUGAAUUAAAAUAAAAAAUCAAAGCCAAAUUUGAAAAUCUUUAGACUUUUAAUGAGACUGAAUCUACUGCUUUAUGUAAAUAAUAUUUAGUAUCUCAAUUUGCACCUAUUGAUUAAAAAUUAAAAAUGUCAGAAUAUAAAUCUUAUGCUGAAUUUGAAAAAGAUUUGAAAUUAUUUAAUAUCUUUUUAGAAGAACAUGGACCUAAGGUUGUUAGGAGAAAAUAAAUGUUUGUAGAAUUUAUUUAAAAAAUGACAAGUGAAGGAGCUACAUUUUUUGUAUAAACUAUUCAUUCAGAUUUUGAAGGGUAUAAAAAGUAUUCAGAAGAAUAAAUUAAUAAAUUACAAAAUGGAUUUAAUACAUUAAAAUUAGAUUCACAAAAAUAAGUAGAUCAAUAAAAUUAAUAAAUAAAAUAAUUAAAUUUGUAGAAUAGUGAUAUAAAUUAAAAAUAUAAAAUAUAAUGUGAUGAAAUAGAGAAAUUAAAAUAAAAGAAUACUUAAACUAUUUAAUAAAUGAAAACAUAAUUUGAAAAUGACUAUAAUAAAUUAUAGAAUAAUUUUGAAGAAUUAAAAUAGAAAUGUUAGGUAGCAGAAGAAGCACUUAAAAAUGCAGAAAGAGAAUAAUUUAUAUUAUAAAGUGAAUCUAAAAAGAAAGAAGCUUUAAUGGAAUAGAAAAUAUAACAUUUAUAAAAGUUGAAUGAUGAAUUCAAUAAAAAGGAGAAACAAUAUGAUUCCACUUUGAUGACAUCUAAGAGUGAGUUUUCUGUUAAAUUGAGAGAAUUAACAACAUCAUAUGAAUAAACUUUAAGUGAAGUAAGAGCAUAAAAUUUGUAAUUAAAUGAAAAAUUACAAGAGACUUCUGAUUAAUUGAUGUAAUUAGAGAUUAAAUAUGAAAAUUAUUAUUAAGUUCAAAGUCAUAAAGAGGAUAGUUAAAGUAAUGCAAUAAAGAAAUUAAUGUAAUCAUAAUAAACAUUACAAGAAUAAAUUAAUAUAGAAAUAUAAAAGAAUAAAUAAUUAUAAGAUGAAUUGUUAUAGACUCAGAUGUAAGUAGAAUCAAAUGAAAUAGGCGAACAAUAUAAAUAAUAAGUAAAAUAAUUAGAAAUAAAAUUAUAAGAAUAGAAAUAAAUAUAAUUGAAGAGUGAUGCAGUUUUAAAUUAAUAGAUUUAAUUCUUAUAAAUGGAAUUAGAAGAAAAGAAAAAUACAAUAAAUGAUCUUAAAAAAUCUCAUGAAUCAGCAAUGGUUGCUUUAGAACAAUCAUAAAAUACUUAAAAUCAACAGUAGUUAAAUAAAUCAAUUAUAGAUUUGAAAGAAUAACAUAUGAUCGAAAUUAGAUAAGCAGAAUAAAAUUCAUAACAAUUGAGAAAGUAAUUAUAAUAGCAAUUAGAUUAAUUGUAGAGUGAAUUGUAAGAAGCAGAAUUAAGAGGUGAUGUGUUUUUAUAGGAGAAAAAUAAAUUGUAAGAAGAAUUAAGUGAAUCUUAUUAAGUAUAAGAUGAAUUGAAAUAAAAGAUUUAAUAAUAAUUGAAGGAGAUGGAAUCAAAUAAGUACAUAUAAUUUAGAGAAAAGGAAUUGAGAAUGAAUUAAAGAAUUAAACAAUUAGAAGAAGAAUUAAGUUAAUGUAAAUUAUAAUUAUAGAAUAUGGGUAAUUUAGAUAAGAAUAGUAUUGAAUAAUAAGUAAAUGAAUUAAGGAAUUAUUAUGAAAUGGAAAAAGAUGUAUUGGAGAGAAGAAUUCAUGAGGAAAGAUAGAAGGCUGAUUAGAAAUAUUAAAUAUUAUUUGAAGAAUAAGAAUAGAAAAUGAGAGAUGAAUAAUAAUAAUAUGAAGAAGAAAUAGAAACAUUGAAAGAUGAAUUGAGAGAAUUAGAAAUCAAUUUAACAACAUAAUAAUAAUAAUAUGAUAAUGAAAUAGAAUUAAAAAAUAAGUAACUUAAUUCAAUGGAAAAUAUUUUGAAUGAGACAAAAGAAUAAUUAGUAUAAUUAUAAAAUAGUUUCUAAACUUAAGUUGAAUAGAGAAUCAAUAAUUUAAAUGUGACAAUUCAAUAAUUGGAAAGUUAAUUAACUACUUAAUAAUAGAAUAAUCAAUAAUUAGUAAAGGAAAACUAAUUAAUUACUUAGAAGAUGGAGAAUUUAGAUGUUAAGUUUUAAUAGAAAUUAAGUGAAUUUAAAUAAUUAAAAGAAGAUUAAGAAAAAGAGAAGACUUAAUUGUAAGAGUCAUUAUAAGAUUUGAGACGAAAAUAUACAGCAACUUGUGAUGAAUAUUUGGAAAAGAAAAUAAAUUAUGAGAAAGCAAUAGCAUUGAGUGCAUAAUAGAAUGAAUUCUUUGCUAAGAAAGUUGAAGAACUUGAAAGAUAAUUGGAAAGUUGUAAUUUGAAAUAUGAAGAGAGAAUAAAAAUUUAAAAAUAAGAAUGGACUCAAGAAUUAUCAGAUAGAUUAUCGAAAUUGAAUGAAGAGAAAUAAAUGAUUGAAUCUAAAAGCACUUAACUUAAAAAAAUAUUAAGAGAAAAAGAAACUUGGUUAUUAAAGGCAUAAUAAGAUUUGGAAAAAGAAACAGCAUUAUCAACAGAAAAGAUUGCAUAUUUAGAGUAAAAGUUGAGAGAACAUGAAUAAUAAACAUCUUCAGAAAAUACAAAUGCUGCUAUGCAAUUAAAAUAAUUAAGAGAAUAAUUUAAUUAAUUAAAAUAAAGAUCAUAAUAUGAUAUAGAAUAACUUAAAUCAUAAUUGACAAAUCUAGAAUUUGAGAAAUAAGAAUUAUAAGCUAAUUAUGAAAAAGACAAAAUAUUAUGGGUAAUUUAAUUAUAUUUAUAUUUUAGUAAGGAAAAACAUAGUUCUUAGAGUCAUAGAGAGAAUCAUUAAAAUUAGAAUUAGCUGAUGCCAUGAGAAAGUUUGAAACGACAAUUUAAACAUUAUAAAGAUAGAGAAGUUUAGAGAGAAAUGAUCAUAAUUAAGAUAUCACUGAAAUGUUGAAUUAAAUAGAGAGAAAGUAUUAAGAUUAAGUUAAAGAUAUUUAAUAAUAACAUCAUAAAAAAUGUGAUGAUUAUUAAGAAAGAAUUGAAAGAUUAGAAAAAGAACUUAAACAAUCUUAAAAUAAAGAAUUGCUUGAUUAAUAAUCAAAGAUAGGAUAAUCAUUUGAGAGAAAGACUGCUGAAUUAUUGGAAAAUGAAAAGAGAUUAUUAAAUACUAUUGAAGAAUUAAAAUAAGAAAGAGAUUAACGUAUACUUGAACAUCAUGAAGAAGUAGAAUAAGAAAAAGAAUAUUGGAGAAAUAAAAUUAAUGAAUUAGAAGAAAGACAAAGAGAAUAAGAUAAAAAAUAAUCUUAAUUGAUCUUUUAUCAUGAAAAAGAAAGAGCUAAAUGGAGUUAAGAAAAAGAUUACAUUAUGUAAUAAAAAAUGGAAUUGUAAGACUAAUUAUCUAGACUUGAGAAAAAAAAAGAAUUAUUACUCAAGGAAAAUGAAAAAAUGAAGAAUUCUUCAAAAAGUCUCAGAAAAUAUAAUCCUAAUCAAACUCUCAAUAAUAGUUAUUUAAAUAAAUAAGCUAGUGAUAAAAAGAUCCCAUCAUAAGUAAAUUUUAAUUUUAUUAAACUCUUAGGAAGUAGUUAAUAUGAGUUAUGAUGUUACUAAAUCAUUAGAGGAUAAAGAUCAAAGUACAAAGGAAAAUCUAUCCACUUCCACUACUUUUGGUAGUUUCAAAAAAUAUUAUCAAAUGAUGAACUCUAAAUAAGUCAGUCCAAGCAAAGUUAAAGAAAUUUCAGAUAUAUGAUAAAUUAAUAUAUAUAUAACACAAG